CGAAAACUUCAAUUUUUAAUGCAAAACUACGAAAAGCCACGACAGCCAUUUUAAAUAAGCAACUUUCGCACCCUCCCGAAAUUUCAACUUCCAACACCCGAAACAAACAAACAAAAACCCAAACACACACACAGCACCACCAUGAGUGAUUCAAGAAUGGACAAGCUGGCCCGGAUGGCGCCCCUGCCCCGCACCCCGCUGCUGACCAUCUGGCUGGCCAUCAACAUGGCCCUGAUCGCCCAGGAGACGGGCCACAAACGGAUCCACACAGUGCAAGCGGCAACUGGCGGUGGCAGCAUGCUGGGUGACGUAAACAUAUCCGCUAUACUCGACUCCUUUAGUGUUAGUUACGACAAAAGAGUAAGACCCAAUUAUGGUGGACCUCCUGUCGAAGUCGGAGUCACCAUGUAUGUGCUAUCGAUCAGCUCGCUCUCAGAAGUGAAAAUGGACUUCACAUUGGAUUUUUACUUUCGUCAAUUUUGGACCGAUCCUCGUUUAGCGUAUAGAAAACGACCUGGUGUAGAAACACUAUCGGUUGGAUCAGAGUUCAUUAAGAAUAUUUGGGUACCUGACACCUUUAAUGAAUUCAUACGUGUGCAUCAUUCUGGAUCGAUAACAAGAAGUAUUAGAUUGACUAUUACCGCAUCGUGUCCGAUGAAUCUACAAUAUUUCCCCAUGGAUCGCCAGCUGUGCCACAUUGAAAUCGAAAGCUUCGGCUACACGAUGCGUGACAUCCGCUAUAAAUGGAACGAAGGCCCCAACUCGGUCGGUGUCUCGAGUGAGGUUUCGCUGCCCCAAUUUAAGGUCUUGGGUCAUCGCCAAAGAGCUAUGGAAAUCAGUCUUACCACAGGCAACUAUUCGCGUUUAGCCUGCGAAAUUCAGUUCGUGCGUUCGAUGGGCUACUACCUUAUACAAAUCUACAUACCCUCUGGACUGAUCGUUAUUAUAUCAUGGGUAUCAUUUUGGCUCAAUCGCAAUGCAACGCCGGCGCGUGUGGCGCUCGGUGUGACAACCGUGUUGACAAUGACCACUUUGAUGUCGUCAACAAAUGCAGCGCUGCCAAAGAUUUCGUACGUCAAGUCGAUUGACGUCUAUCUGGGAACAUGCUUCGUUAUGGUCUUUGCCAGUCUACUGGAAUACGCCACGGUCGGCUACAUGGCAAAACGAAUUCAAAUGCGAAAACAAAGAUUUAUGGCGAUCCAAAAGAUAGCCGAGCAGAAAAAGCAACAGCUCGAUGGAGCGAACCAGCAGCAGUCGAAUCCGAAUCCCAAUGCGAAUGUGGGAGGCGUGGGAGGCGUAGGACCCGGCGGAGUUGGACCCGGUGGACCCGGCGGACCCGGUGGCGGUGGCGGGGUCAAUGUGGGCGUGGGCAUGGGCAUGGGACCGGAGCAUGGCCACGGGCAUGGACACCACGCCCACAGCCAUGGUCAUCCGCAUGCGCCCAAGCAAACAGUGAGUAACCGCCCAAUCGGCUUUUCCAAUAUCCAACAAAACGUUGGUACGCGCGGUUGCUCGAUAGUGGGACCCUUGUUCCAGGAGGUGAGAUUCAAGGUCCACGACCCGAAGGCCCACUCCAAGGGCGGCACCCUGGAGAACACGGUGAAUGGCGGACGCGGUGGUCCGCAAUCGCAUGGACCGGGUCCCGGGCAGGGUGGCGGACCGCCUGGCGGCGGAGGAGGCGGUGGCGGAGGGGGCGGACCGCCCGAGGGCGGCGGCGAUCCGGAGGCAGCGGUCCCAGCCCAUCUACUGCAUCCGGGAAAAGUAAAAAAGGACAUCAACAAGCUGCUGGGCAUCACGCCCUCCGACAUCGACAAGUACUCGCGCAUCGUAUUCCCCGUGUGCUUCGUCUGCUUCAACCUGAUGUACUGGAUCAUCUACCUGCAUGUCAGCGACGUGGUCGCCGAUGAUCUGGUGCUCCUGGGCGAGGAGUAGGGUGUCGUCCUCCAGCAGAGACGACGACGACGCAAGGAUUCGAGGGCGUGGCCCAAGGACACAGGAGUGAACAGCGCACGAGAGAGUCAAACUGUGCAGGGCGCUGAAAAACCACACAAAAACCAAAAAACGGAGAAACCAAAAUCCCAAAAAAAAAAUACUGAAAAAUAGACACAAAAAAAUGGAAGCGGAAAAAAAACUAAUUUUAACUAGCGAUAUGAAAAUGCAGAGGCAACAGUUUAUUGUUUAAUACCAAGGAGGAGAAGACACACACAUAUUACAAGGUCGAAAGCAAAGAAUAUUGUUAAAUAGAUUUACACAGAAUAACAAAAAAGAUAAAUACAACAUUAGAAUUAACAACCAAAUGAGUAUAAAUGAAUGAAGAAUAAUCAAAAGCAACAGAUUAGCAAAUUGUAGUGAAAAUUAUAUAACGAAAGGCAUAAGUGAAAGUGUUUAGGAGAAAUAUGAACCGGUAACAAGAAGCCAUUAAAACCACAAAUAUAACGAUCAAAAAUCAUACGCAACAUAGGCAUUAAACGAAAACGAAAUCGAAAACGAAGGAUGACUAUGAGAAACCCUCGAAAUAGCGCAGUCGAAAAGUUGAUUUCAACUCACCAAAUAAAGUAGAUGGUUAAAUAAUUUCCAUUAUCUUUGCGGCGUUCUGAGUUUAAGUUUAAGAAACGAAAGACCUUUGCUUCCCACUUCAAAAGCAAAACACCCAGAGAGUCUUCCUCUAAUUUAAGUGCGUUCCCCCUUCUUCAGCUGCACGCUCCCAGAAAUCGAACCAGAUCUUAACCAGAACUUAACCAGAACUUACUAUGUUGAUCCAUUGAUUGCCCAUUCAGUUGGUUGAUUUGUUUAUUCAGAACUGACUUAGCGCUUCCAAGUGAAAUGGCCAAAUUUAUUAGAAAUCAAAACGUAGUGCAAGUAACAAUUUCGAGAAUUGCGAAUCAGUUUGGCGAAUGAUUUCGUUAAGUUAAAUUUAAAUGUAAUUCGAACACGAGACAGACACGUAAGAUCGAGAGGUUUUUAAUCAUUUGCACACACACACAAACGGACACUGAAGACACACACACAAUAAAAUCGACAAGGAUAUUAUGAAUUACUUUGGAGCGCACCUUUUAUAAGCAAGCAUCGGAGAUAAGUCAUACAAAUAGUUAGUGCAAUUGACAUAGCGAAAUAAUAAUAUGAACGAUAACGAUUCAUUUUAGUUACACCAAUUUUUAUAUCAACUUUAAACUAACAACAAAUUAUUCAAACUGCACUCACUCACUCACGAACACAGAAAUCAAACUGAAAAAUAAAAACAAAAACAAAAACUUUUCGAAGACAACUUUGCGGCACCGUAAGAAAACAAUCUAAAGUCUAAGUGAAAUUUUCAAACGCAAGUAAGCCCAAUAAAUACCAGUAAAUUAAAAACGAAUACAAAUAGAACAUAGAACAUAAAGUACACAAGUAUGAAAGAAACUGCCUAAGAAAAAUAGCGUAUAAGUCUAACAAAUAGUUGCUAAAAAAGAGAAAAAAACAAAACGAAAAAUCCAAAAAAGAGUUAAACAAAGACAAUUGAUUUUCAAUUUGUAAAUACAAACAGAAGACACUCGGAACAUUCUCAAAGCAAAGUAGGAGCAAAACUUCGCAAUUAAACUUAGUUAAUGUAAUCGAAUCUGGUUAAGCGAUUAACUCGGAUGCGUUCAAGCAGUCAAUAAAGCGAUAAACAAACAAAAGAUACUUACGAUGCACCGUCUUAAGUUAGCCUAAUGACACACAGAUACACAGCAACACACCAACACUGACAGGCAGACAAUGAGACACAGAUACUCGACGUAUAUAUACAUAUAUAUUUGAAUUUUCGCUCAAGUUCCUCGAUGAAUCACAGACACAAAGAGAAAGAAACAAAAGAGUUAAGUUAAUUAUAAAACACAUAAUUAAAGGCAAGUGAGUUUAACUUUAAACGUAAAAUAAAGAAAUUAAAAUACAAUUUAGCACAAUGGAGAUAACUAAGCAAGCCAUACAAAAAUAUCAUCAAUGAAUUUUAAUUUAGUGUUUAUGAUUAGUGCAAGGGCAGAUCGUAAGGCUAAAGAAUUUUGUACAGUUAGCUAAAGUUAAAGCUAGGAUUUAGUUAAGCGCCAUAAUAUGGCCGGGAUACACACACAACCACACCACACACGUAUAUGUACAUAGAGUAUGGCUUAAGGCGACACAAGUAUAUGAGAUAUAUAUUCAUAUAACGUAUUUAGGCACCUACGUAUAUGUAGCACGAGUUUUUUAUAUGUAAACCAAACCAAAAUUGAACCCUAAUCCGAAAAACAAAAUCGAAAAAGACACAAAAACAAUUAACUGUAUAUACGAAAAGUACUUAUGAAUGGAACACUGACAGUGUAGGCGAAUGAGGAGGAGGAGGACGUUGGUGGUGACGUGACCCAAAAUGGAUCAGCUAUGGAACCCUAGAUAUACUUAAGACGAAAACCUUUAACCCUUCUUCUAAGGACUACCUAACCAAUUCAGCAGAACGACUACCGAAGAGA